AAACAAUUCCGAAGGUUGGCAGCUACAGGGCCUGCAAGGAGUGCGCCGUGAGCCGCGUCCGUUGCCCGAAAGGCCACCCCUGUGAGCGGUGUCAGCAAAGAGAGCUACAAUGCGUGUAUCCCAUGGCGAGGAAGCGAAAGGUCGGCUCUGCUCCAACGGGCGCCGCUCCGCCGUCGCCGGUGACCGGCUUCUCGCCCGGACUGUCAAAUCCGUCUCGCGAAGGUGAAACACAGAUUUCUCAUUCAGGACCAGAAGCGCAGGGCCUCGGGAAUCUCUCGUCUACGUUAGACCAUGUGGAUGGUGCGGGGUGGUUUCCUCUAGAUGCUCCGCUCGAGGCGCCCGCGCUGCUAGACGGCAAUCCCGAAGUAAUACCCGGAAACACGACACUGAACAAUCAGACGCUUGAUAAGGACUUCAGUGAGUGGGUUUGUAGUAUGCCUUCAGUCAAUUGGCUGUCUCCGCAAGGCCCUGAUACGCUCUUUUCGAAUGGUCUCUUCGAUGGACUACUUGCCCCCAAUAACAACCCCGUGGACAUGGGAGUGACCCUGAACGGAGAUGGAUUGCACGUCGGGCUUGGUAGGCCGAGUUUUGGGACGAACCUGGACGCGAGCUUCCAUCCCACGGGUAUCUCGAUGUUGCCGCUCCAAAAUCCAGGGACCCAGCCUGCUUCUCGCACUCCUCCCUCAGAGUCCGCAGCGAGCACAAUGGACUCUCUGGCAUCGCAAUCGGCGAAGGGCACUUAUUAUGUUGAAGGAAGUGUCGGCCGCGCACCGUUUCAAGGCCGAUCAGGCUGGCGACUACGUGGAAGGCCGUUCUGGACGACCACCUCGAAUGCCUCCUCCGGAGAUCAGACACCGACCUUCGGAGGCUCACCAACCGUGCCACAAAUCACAUUCCUCUCAGAGACAGUAUAUGAGAAUCUGCUUCAACUUCUGCGAGCAGAGUGCGUGGCCUCUACCCUCGGAUUGGAUCUAGCUCAGUUCCCCUCCUUAAGCGAGAUGCAAGACCUAGUUCAGGUGUACUUUGAAGGUUUUCACGCGACGUACCCGUUCCUGCGAAAGCACCCCUCCCAGUUUACCUCUGAAGACAGCUGGAUCUUGCUUUUGUCUGUUGCGGCUGCUGGUAGUCCAUACACGCAUACUGCCAAGUAUCAGCGGAUCGGGGCCUAUCUGGCACAUAUAGUCGACGUCAUAUUGACCAAUCGCAUUGGUGCGGGCUUUUCUCACGGCGAAGAUCAGCCAUGGUCACCUGCUUCAAAGUCUCAUAUACCCUGGGACUUGGUGACUCUGCAGGCAGGGGUCUUAAACUGCCUAUACUUACUUCACUCGGGGAAGCAAGGCUCUGUAAGACGGGCCAUUGUCCGGAGAUACAGCCUCAUUGAGGCGAGUAAUAAUCUGAGACUUCUCUCAGCCACCGAGCCACUGGCAUCAGAAGCAGGCGAAGAGUCGAGUCGAGCUGGACUCAUCGAAUGCUGGGUGAAUCAGGAAUCACGGCGUCGGGCGGGCUGGAUGAUCUGGUUACUGGAUUCAAUUGUCCAAUACGAGUUCAAUUGCUCACCUCUGAUGCAAAAUGGGGUUGUCGGUGCACUCCUACCUUGUAAAGAGGAUAUCUGGGACCAACCUACUGCGUCUCUUACUUCCUCCGAUCAAUUGAACAAUUCAGUAACUUUAUUCGACGCACUCGAGAUGCUGUAUAUGGAGAAGAGCUUACCGCCCAACUUGGGAGACCUCAGCACUAACGUGCUGAUCUUCGCAAUCUUGCAACGAACUCGGGAAGCCGCUGUUCAGCAUCAGACUGAAUUGACCUUCUGGUCCCCAAACUCGAAGAAACAGCCACGUCUGCAGUGUCGCACCCAAGCCGAGACGUCAUGGCCACCAGCCAUUCCAGCGCUAUCCAAGUGGCGAAAUAGCGCCUGUGACUGUUUCGAUAUACUGCACUGGAACGCGAACAGUAUAGCAGCUCGUGCUGGGGGUUGGGAGCAUCCGACUAUUUUCCACCUCCAUACUGCGCGACUGGUCCUGCUAGCUCCAAUCCGCCACAUCCAGCAGCUGGCGGCCGCACAUGCGGCGAGCAUGUCUCGGGAGGCCGAGUCCACAGGCUCUUCGACUGCCCGAUAUCAUGUGUUUCAGUGGGCAAUUCGGGACCAGUACAAGGCGAGACUGAGCGUAAUCCAUGCCGGAGCCCUCCUUUGGCAUGUUCGAAGAUACAGCAGCAAUAGUUUUUUGGAGCCGUUUGCCGUGUAUACCGCGACUCUGGUGAUCUGGGCUUAUAGUACCUCCGUCCAGCGUGUAAGUGGGAGACCUGGAGGAGACAAUGUAGCCCUAGAUGGUCUCCGUUCUGAGAAUACAAUAAUGCGGCAAGGCCAGCAACGCCCCCUUGAUGCCUCAGAAACUCUGGACAGUGAUGAGUCUCAGGGCGAGACUGAGCCGACAGUCAUACAGCUUGACCGGCCCUGUGAUGAUGAGAUCGUCCAGGCGUAUGUGUGUCUCGGCCACAAGAUGUCUGCCCGCAUGUCCAGAGUCGGCGACAUUUUAGGCUCAUCUGCUCCAAGCAGGAUUCUCAAGCAAGGUAUCCGGCUGAUGACUAGAACACAACGUCAGUUUGUGGGAGUAUCUUCUCCUAGCAGACGCACGCCUUCGAGCACAGGUGGGGACUCCGAAGCGGCUUUUCCAGGUUGGGGUGCGGAGCGGUCAUUUGCGAACUCCCUCAGAGGUUUGGCCAGUGUGGUGGCAGGAGCAACUCCGGAGGGAAACUCAGGAAAUCACCCCGAAUAG